AUGUCCAACAGUCGUGCCUUCGCGCUUGAUGAAUCAUCUGCCAUCAACUUCAAGCCUUAUGACUCGUCAAACCAUAAGGCCCAGCUGGUUGAUUUCAUUCGCCUGGUUGACAAUCACGCUAUCAUACCCCCCAAAAUCAAGGUUAACCCUCUGCGUGACCUCGCUAACAAGUAUUUGAACAUAUUAAACUGCUCGAAGAGCAGCAUCCCUCACUCCUUCUCCGAGGGGUCGAUCAAACAGCCGGCCAGAUGCUGCUCGAUCACCAGCAAGAACUCAAUCUACAGAUGUUGCUCGAUCACCAGCAAGAACUCAAUCUACAGCCAGGCGAUCAGCGGUAAAAUCUCGAUCACCGGUAAGGGCCUCUGUGGCUCGAUCACCAGCCAAAACCCCUUCAAGAUCGUCCAAGCGCAGUGCUGCCAGGGCUUCUGUCUCGCCCUCUCCCAAGCAAUCUACUACUCGCCGCCGAUCACCCGCAAGAUCUACUCGUGGCCGAUCACCAGCCAGACCAUCAGCACCAUCAAGAUCUACUCGUGGCCAAUCACCAGCCAGACCCAGACCAUCAAAGCCAUCAAAACAGAAAGAAAAACCCACAUCUCCCCCAAGACGAAGAAGAUCAGCUUCCCCGUCCCCAAGACGUGCCCGUUCUCAAAAUCGAUCACCUCCACAAAAACAGCGAAUUCAAUCACCGAUGAACAAGAAACGCCACGUGACUUUUGCAAGAUCGCAGCCCACCAGAUACAGUAA